ACGCCGCGCGCUCUAAAGCCCCGACGAAACUGAGCAUCACAUGUGGCGGCCGCAGCCGUGCGCCCGCCCAUGCGUUCCGCUUCCGCAGCGCUCCUCCGCGCCGCCGCGCCCAAGCCGGGACCCGAGCGUCCGCCCCUCGGCGUCUCCCCCGCCUCCGCCGGCGCGGCGGGCUACCCCGACCCCGAGGCCUACUACGCCGGCCUCCUCGCGUCCCUCGCCCGAGAUACCCACGCCUGCCACCCGUUCGACGCGAGUCCUCACCCGGCGCGGGCGUGCGGGGUCCUGCACGCGCGGGUCCUGCGCCUCGGCCUGCCGCUCCGGGGCCGCCUCGGCGACGCGCUCGUCGACCUGUACUGCAGGUCCAGCCGCGCGGGCGACGCCUGGCGCGCGCUGGGCUGCUGCCUCGGGGCGGAGGCGUCAGGCGCCGAGGCGGCGAGCUCGGUGCUGUCCUGCCACGCGCGCUCGGGGUCUCCGCGUGACGUCCUCGACGCGUUCCGCGCCUUCAGGUGCUCCGUCGGCAGCCGGCCGGACCAGUUUGGCCUCGCGGUGGUUCUGUCCGCGUGCUCCCGGCUGGGCGUUCUCAGCCAUGGCAGGCAGGUGCACUGCGAUUUGGUCAAGUGCGGGUUCUGCUCCAGCGCCUUCUGCGGGGCGGCGUUGGUGGACAUGUACGCAAAAUGCGGCCAGGUCGCCGAUGCUCGGAGGGUGUUCGACGGGAUCGCCUGCCCCGACACGAUAUGCUGGACGAGCAUGAUUGCAGGGUACCACCGGGUUGGACGCUACCAGCAAGCGCUGGCUUUGUUUUCUAGGAUGGCGAAGAUGGGCUCUGCCCCGGACCAGGUGACCUGCGCUACCAUCAUUUCCACUCUUGCAAGCAUGGGCAGACUGGAGGACGCAAGAACUUUUCUGAAGAAGAUAGAUAUGCAAAGUACAGUUGCUUGGAAUGCUGUCAUCUCAAGUUAUGCGCAAGGUGGACUUGAGAGUGAAGUGUUGGGCCUGUAUAAGGAUAUGAGGAGACGUGGGUUGAGGCCGACUAGGUCCACUUUUGCGAGCGUGCUAAGCGCAGCAGCCAGCGUGGCAGUGUUUGAUGAAGGCCAGCAGGUACAUGCAGCGGCAGUAAGGCAUGGUUUGGAUGCAAAUGUUUUUGUGGGCAGUUCUCUGAUCAACCUGUAUUUGAAACAUGGCUGCAUCUCUGAUGCAAAGAAGGUGUUUGACUUCUCCACUGAAAAGAAUAAUGUCAUGUGGAAUGCGAUGCUUUAUGGGUUUGUUCAAAAUGAGCUGCAAGAAGAGACCAUUCAAAUGUUUCAGUAUAUGAGGAGGGCUGACCUUGAGGCUGAUGAUUUUACAUUUGUGAGUGUCCUUGGUGCAUGCAUUAACAUGGAUUCCCUUGACUUAGGAAGGCAGGCACACUGUAUAACAAUCAAGAACUGCAUGGAUGCAGACUUGUUUGUUGCUAAUGCAACACUACAUAUGUACUCAAAACUUGGAGCAAUUGAUGUUGCAAAGGCACUGUUCAGUCUCAUUCCAUACAAGGACAGUGUAUCCUGGAAUGCUAUUAUAGUUGGACUUGCACAGAAUGAGGAGGAGGAGGAAGCAGUCCAUAUGCUCAAAAGGAUGAAGCUCUGUGGCAUAGCACCAGAUGAGGUGUCUUUGGCUACUGCAAUUAAUGCCUGUUCCAAUAUUCGAGCUACCGAGACCGGAAAGCAGAUUCAUUGCGCAUCCGUCAAGUAUAAUGUCUGUUCAAAUCACGCUGUUGGCAGCUCUCUGAUUGACUUAUACUCAAAGGAUGGAGAUAUAGAAUCAUCUAGAAAGGUUUUGGCACAGGUAGAUGCAAGCAGCAUAGUCCCAAGAAAUGCAUUUAUUACAGGUCUUGUGCAGAACAAUAGAGAAGAUGAAGCUAUAGAGCUGUUCCAUCAAGUCCUAAAAGAUGGUUUCAGACCCUCUAGCUUUACAUUUGCAAGCAUUCUUUCUGGGUGCACUGGCCUUAUCAAUUCAAUUAUCGGCAAACAAGUCCAUUGUUACACACUGAAAUCUGGUCUUUUGAAUCAGGAUACUUCCCUUGGCAUCUCUCUUAUUGGUAUAUAUUUGAAGUGCAAAUUGCUUGAGGAUGCAAACAGACUCCUAAAGGAGGUGCCAGAUCACAAAAACCUGGUUGCAUGGACAGCUAUCAUUUCAGGGUAUGCUCAAAAUGGUUACAGUGAUCAAUCAUUGGUGAUGUUUUGGAGAAUGCGCAAUUAUGAUGUUCGUUCAGAUGAGGCCACAUUCGCAAGUGUUCUGAAAGCUUGCUCUGAGAUAGCAGCUCUUGCAGAUGGAAAAGAGAUACAUGGCCUCAUCACAAAAUCUGGAUUUGUUUCUUAUGAAACUGCCGCCAGUGCCCUCAUAGACAUGUAUGCCAAGUGUGGGGAUGUAGUCUCCUCUUUUGAAAUCUUCAAGGAGUUGAAAAACAAGCAAGACAUAUUGCCAUGGAACUCCAUGAUUGUUGGUUUUGCAAAAAAUGGUUAUGCUAAUGAGGCACUUCUUCUCUUCCAGAAGAUGCAAGAUUCACAACUAAAGCCUGAUGAAGUUACAUUCCUUGGUGUUCUAAUUGCUUGUUGCCAUGCUGGUUUAAUUUCAGAAGGCCGGAAUUUCUUUGAUUCUAUGAGCCAAGUUUAUGGGCUAAUGCCCAGAGUAGAUCAUUAUGCAUGUUUCAUCGAUCUACUUGGACGUGGUGGUCAUCUCCAAGAGGCUCAAGAAGUUAUUGAUCAUUUACCCUUCAGAGCUGAUGGUGUGAUCUGGGCUACAUAUCUUGCAGCAUGUCGAAUACACAAGGAUGAGAAGAGAGGAAAAGUGGCAGCAAAGAAACUUGUUGAGUUGGAACCACAAAGGUCAUCCACAUAUGUGUUCCUUUCAAGCUUGCAUGCUGCGGCUGGCAACUGGGUUGAAGCUAAGGUAGCCAGAGAAACAAUGCGAGAGAAAGGAGUGACAAAAUUCCCAGGAUGUAGUUGGAUCACUGUGGGUAACAAAACAAGCUUAUUUGUUGCACAGGACACACAUCACUCAGACACUCUGAGCAUCUAUGAAAUGCUUGGCAAUCUUACUGGAAUGAUUAAAGAUGACAGAAUUGAGGAAUAUGAUCAGCCUAGCUUGUCUGGAAUGUUUGAUUGAGGGAUCAGGACCAUUUUUUAACUUAUAUCCAGCUAAAGGAGUAUGACCCUUUUUAACUUAAUCUUUUGGCUUGUCAAGGACCUAAGUAUAUGUUUGGCUGUUUAGGUGGGGAAUUCGUUAGCAUUACAUAGUAUCUGUAGUACAUUUACUCUUAUAAAUUAGGGAUUUAGAUUCUGAUAACUUAAUUUGCUCCUUUUUUUACCAUCAGAGCUCCAAACAUUAAAGUAACUCCAUGGUUUAUUGGUUCCACUAUGUUCAAGCGACAUGUCUGAGUUGCUAGUGAUGAAAAUCGAUUUCAACAGGUUCAUUGCUGUGCUAUAUUUCCUCCAUGAAGUCUUUCCUGCUUUAGUUAAGCCUCUUUGUUCUCACAAUUUUGUAAAUAGAUAUGACUGAGAUGGCAUGUGAAGUGCAUUAGAAAAGGACAGUGUAUAGUCCAUAUUAUAUGCAAUACAAGACUCCAAGUUUCUGUAGCAGAAGCAUGCGCAUGAGAUGGCUACUAUCCGGAAGUAUCUAUUCAAGUGACCUGUUGGCGUCGCCGGCAGAGGUGGCGCUGGGUUGUGCCUCUGCUCCUGAUGCUGCUCCAAGGUCAACUGGGCUUCCACUGGCUGGAGGCAAGCGAAAAGGCUGUCAUGCCGGGAGAAGGGCUGCCACUGCAUCGUGCCGUGACCGGGGUCGAGACACGGGGACGAGAAGAAAUUGGAUUGGAAUGAAAUCGUUCGCUCCUUUGUUUGUACGGGCGGUUGGAAUGAACAGAUCACACGCAAAUUGACCUACUCAUGUUUGAAGCGACAACUUCGAGUGGAUGUCAAUGAGUUCCGAAACUCUCCAAACGUCAACUGCAGCUCAGUUCACUUAGACACAUCACAAUUCACAACACUGAAAUCUGGUCUUUUGAUUCAGGAUAGUUCCCUUGGUAUCUCUCAUUGGUAUAUAUUUGAAGUGCAAAUUGCAUGAUGAUGCAAACACUCUUAAAGCAAUUGCCUUAUUUGUUAAUUUGUUUC